GAGUUUCAUGUCGUGUUUUCAAUCAGACUGAAAGAUAAUGGCAGAAAGUUAAUGAAAGCCUGGAACUCAGUUCAAUCAGCUUGAUAUGAAGAAAACAUUUUUUUAAAAUAAAAUGGCCAAGGGACUUUAAAAAAAAAUCACCAAUUAUUUCAUGCAGAGGUUGUACUGCCUGCUCAGGCGUAUAACAGCGCUGGCCCCUAAUACAGUAAUAGUUAAUAAAUAACAAAGACAUUGGCAAUAUCAGUCCCUUGAUAUGUCAUGGCUAUAAACGUAUUAGCUUUUUUGUGAUUCGUUAAAGCAGAAGUAUGAAUUGAAUUAUAGUUAAUCCAGCUAUUUAAGUGAUUUCUUUUAAUUACUGGCAGCUUUCUAUUCCAUCUAUCGCUCUGAUCCCUCUGGACAGCACCAGAUCUGCUGAACAAGUAAUUGGACUCCUCCACUAGGCAAAACCAGAGCAGUGAACUUGCUCAUCAUUCCGGUUGCUGCAGGCUGCAAAUUCAGCUGAAAACUUGGCAAGAUGAUGAUCCGAAGGCUCCAAGAAUUGUAGUAGUACCUUUCUGGCUCCUAUUUACCCAGAAGAUAGGAGAUAUGCUUAGAGGACUGGCACAAUUGAUCAGAAGAAAUAACCCUUUGAUCAACAACGUUUUAAAUAACCAGAAGGUAACAAUGUCCUUACAGAAACAUUCGCGGAGAAUUGAAGGAUUGGACAAGAAUGUUUGGGUAGAAUUUACUCAGCUUGCUGCUGAAUAUUCUGUUGUCAACCUGGGACAAGGAUUUCCUGACUUUUCGCCUCCAAACUUUGUAAAAGAAGCUUACACAAGGGCCAUAAAUGGUGACCUGAACCAGUAUACUAGGGCUUUUGGUCACCCGCCACUGGUGAAGAUGCUGGCGAAGUUCUUUGGGAAAUUAAUGAACCGAGACAUUGGUCCAUUUAGUGAAAUGCUAGUGACAGCUGGGGCAUAUGAGGCCCUAUUCUGUUUCUUCCAGGCUCUAAUUGAUGAUGGAGAUGAAGUGAUUAUUAUUGAACCUUACUUUGACUGUUACGAACCCAUGGUUCGGAUGGCAGGUGGAAAGCCAGUGUUUAUUUCCUUACGUCCGAAACCAGCAUCUGGAAGGUUAAUGACUAGUGCUGACUGGAUUUUGGAUCCUGUUGAAUUAGCAAAUAAAUUCAACAAAGGUACAAAAGCAAUUGUCAUCAAUACCCCAAACAACCCUCUUGGCAAGGUUUUUAACCGCGAAGAAUUGCAAGUGAUUGCAGAUCUCUGUAUAGAACACAAUGUCUUGUGUAUUAGUGAUGAGGUAUAUGAGUGGCUGGUGUACGAUCCUAAUGAGCAUGUGCGAAUUGCCAGCUUGCCUGGGAUGUGGGAACGAACCGUCACUGUUGGGAGUGCAGGAAAAUCUUUCAGUGCUACAGGAUGGAAGAUUGGAUGGGCAUUUGGACACAAAUGCAUCAUCAAACAUUUGCAGACUGUCCAUCAGAACUCGGUCUACCACUGUUCUACUGGAGCACAGCAAGCAGUAGCAGAGGGGUUUGAGAGAGAAUUUGAACAUCUGGGUACACCAGAAAGUUAUUUCAUCUGCUUGCGUAAGGAGCUGCAAGUUAAGCGUGAUAGACUUGCUGCCUGUCUUGCCUCUGUGGGAUUGAAACCAAUUAUACCUGAGGGUGGUUACUUCUUGGUUGCAGACAUUUCAGAGGUCGAUGUUGACCUGCCAGAAUCCACUGAAACAAAGGAACCAUAUGAUUAUAGGUUUGUGAAGUGGCUCAUGAUCAAUAAGGGUUUGGCCACAAUUCCAGUGUCUGCUUUCUACUCUUCUGAUAGCAAAAAUAACACUAAGAAUUUCGUACGAUUUUGUUUUGUUAAGGAGAACACAACACUCAGCAAGGCAGAAGAAAUUCUACAAGAGUGGAGUAGGACAAGGAAAGUUCAGUGAUUAUCCCAUAGAGUCUGGCUUCACCUAUCAUCUUCUAGCUAUCCUCCUUCCUCCUCCCCCAGCUUUUCAUUCUGGUUUCUAACCCCUUCCUUUCCAGCCCUGAAGAAGGGUCUCUGCCCAAAAUGCUGCUUAUUCAUUUUCACGGAUGGUACUGACCUGCUGAGUUCCUCCAGCAUUUAGUGUGUGUUGCUUUGGAUUUCCAGCACCUGCAGACUUCUUAUGUUUAUGAGAAAUAUAAGUAGUAUGGGGCCAUGUGUUCCUCCAUUUAUUUAAUCUCUGACUAAUCCUGUGGUUUUUACACUCUGGCAGAUCUCCAAAUCACAUAAUUGCCUUAGUUUCCAAAUAAAAUUAUCUUGACCUUGCUCAUCUCAACUAUCUGACCAACAACCGUAUAAGAGAUAAAGUUCCUCUUUAGCUAUUAAUAUUCGUAUCUCUCCUUGCACACUUCCUCCCUCUCCCCACCUCCCUCAAAUAACUCAUGUGUCCUAACUUUGGACACCCUAACUAGAGGAAGCUGUUCCUUGGCACCUGCCCAUCUCAAUGAGAUCACCUCUCAUGCCCUCCCAAACUCAGUGACUAUAAACGAGUCAUACUUUUGGUUCCCACACAGGAAUCAGUCUACUCUUCACUUACUUCAAGGCAAGUGCACCCAUAUAGGUAGAAACUAAGACUGCACAGUACUCCAAAUAAAGUCUUGCCAGACCCUGGCAUAAUCUCAAAGAUUUUUUAAAUUUUGUAGUCUAAUGACCUUGCAAAAAUGCCAGUUAUACUGUUUAUCUAUAUUAAAAAAAACAGAAAAUACUGGAAGCACUCUGCUGAUAAGACAACAUCUGUGGGAAGAGAAGUAGAGUCAAUGUUAGAGGAGAAAGGAAACUUCAUCAGAACGUUUUCCUUUUCUAGUUGUUCAUUGUAACUGCUUGAUUACUUUCUAAUUCAUGAAUUGCCUCCCCAAGAUUCCUCUGCCCACCAACGUUUACUAACUUCAUAAAAUAAAAUUUCUGUUCUUUGUCUAAAUGAAUAAACUUUGCUCUAUCUGCAAUUUCUUGCCCAUCUGUUUAACUUCCUUUUAUACCUCUUAAGACUUUUUGUGCCAUUUUUGAAGUUUUUUUACCCUCUAAGAGUGUAUCAUCAGGAAACUUUGGAUACAUCAAAGUAAUUAACAUUAAUUUUAAAUAACUGAGUGCCACUAAUAACCAACAACUUGAUACCUUUAUUUCAGACUAUUGUUGAAUCCUCUGUCUAAUAAUUCAGCACCAGAAACCCUAUUUUCUCUAACAUCCUUUUCAGUACUGAUUUUUGAGUACUGAAUUUUCAGUCCGAAAUGUCAACAUCUCCCCCACGUCCAAAAGAUUCUGCUUAAUCCACUGCAUUCCUCCAGCAGUUUGUGGUUCCUCCUGAGAAACCACUUUUUGAAAAUACAGGUAAUUUAGAUAGUUUUGCCUUAGUUACUUUAUUCCCAAUGUAAUGUCUCUUGUCAUUAUUUCUGUAGAUCGCACAUUUUUUUGCUACACCCCUUUUACAUUGCUGCUGAAAUACAUAGUUGUUUACAUUCUGGAGUCCUUGUUUGUGAAUUCUCUUUUGACUGUGUAAUGCCCUGGUUCACAUCUUUACUGCUACGCUGUAAGCAUUUCAUUUAGCGGCUCUGUGAGAACUGCUGUUCCACUUUCAGCCUGUUUGGCUUUUUGUUGAAGAUAAGGGAUAAUGUGGAAUGUGUGCUAUCCAAUUAGCAGGAGGUUUCCUUGGUGAGGGACAAUAAGGUUGGGCUUGGGAUAUUGUUUUGUUCGAGAGGAGAUGAAGCAAGAAGACACUGGGCAGAACUGGUCGUAGCAUACGAUCCAGUGGGAGACCUGUUUGUUCAAGAUGGAUUGCGAACAAUGUUUGGAAGGUGGUGUGUGCUUCCACAUUGACCGAGGGACUAGCACGAGUGACAGAGAAGUUCAAUAUGGGCUCCAACGUGCACUUUUGACUGUUUAAUUAGAAUGGGCCCUUUUCUUUUUGUUAUUCUUUACUAAUCCUUCAGUUAAAAUUCAUAAAUAUGAUUCUUUUAAUUGUAUGCUGUAUACUGUCUUAUUUCUUGGCAUUAAUUUGUAACGGUAGCAAAUGAUAGCAUCCACACAAACUGAGUUUUUGGGUGGGAUCAAGCAUGCCUCAGUCUCACAAGUUUGGCGAGACAGGAGGUUGUCUUCCCUAGACCUAUGCAGCCAAGGAAAGCGGUUUUUUUCAACUGUAAUUAAGAUUGUUGUUAAUGCAGAUUGCGAUAAUCUCAAAUAGUUUUGGCAACCAAUUUAUUACUAUAUAAACAUUUAUUUAUUUCUCUCAGUCUGCAUAAUCAAAUUAGGUAAUGUCCUAAUGUCAGAAGAUUAAUAUGUAUAAAAACUUCUCAUAAUGUAGUGUAAUUACAAAUGUUCUAUCCAUAUUUUCACUUGUGGUCCAUGGCGCAUUCAAAAAAAUAAAUUAUAUCUGAUUGGCAGACAUUUAUUCUCAUGAUAAUUCAUUACUGAAAAUAAGGCAGAAUGCUUAUGGUUAAUAGUGAGACCAAGUAGAGAUCUACAUAGAGAAGUACUUGGAGAAAGUGGCUUCAUCUCUAUGUACUAUAACCAUUCAGAAGGGUUCAAAAUAUCAAUUCUAACCACGUCUCCUGAUGCUACACCACUUAUAAUCUUUAAUCUGUUCCAUGCUUUGAUCCUUCUACAAUUUAAACAUGUACAAAAAAGGUGUUUUUUGUAUUUAUUUGCCAUUUGUUCAUUAAUAUUUGCUUAUUUCUAUUUUCAGUUCCCUUCUGUAUGGUCUUCAGAAAGUGUCAGAUCUGUAUUUCGAUAUGUCAAUUUUGAAAGUCUGCCAUUACUCUUUUAAUUUUUUUUAACUUGCUUAAAUUAUUCCUUCUAGAACUGUUGAAGAGAGCUAACAAACAAAUAGAGAAACGUACAAUAAAUGUGUUGAAUUCAA